ACCUUGCUUCCUUCGACUGUCAGAGCGUCACUCCGGCGAGCGAGUCCGUCGCUGCCAUUAAAAGGGCGGAGCCACUGCAUCCAUGUUUGGCCCUAAUAAGCAAAAGAACCUCAUUCUGCCCGGGCCCCACCUUCUUCACCCCUUGCCUUCCUUCUGCUUUCCCUCUGCUGCGACAGAGGAACUUUUCCGCUUUAAUUAAUUAAUUCGAGCUGUGAUUCUUGUGAACCGAUUCGCGCCAGGUUGACCGAGACUUUGCGAACAUCCUCCUUGCGCCUCAUUCCCAUCCAUCCCCGGCUCUGCCUAUGCAAGAAGGAAGGGAGCAAUUUCCCCAGAGACUAACGACGAGCGUGAGUGGGUGGGAAGAGGAUCCCCGUAGGAAAACCUGAAGCUCGCGUUGAAAGCCCUGGACUUCGUCGCUUGCGGAGGAAGCGACAGGCAUGCCCAGGUCAGGAAAGUUUCCUGAGCGGGGGAAACGACAGCGUCGAGCUGGGGCGAUGGCCAGAAGCUGGAGAUGCCGGGAAAACAAACAAUCGUUCUUCCUUGACGAGGAAGGCAGAGGGAGGGCGACGACCGGGGUCCUCUGGGAAGAAGAUUCUAGUGGCCCCUACGCGCAGCAGCCAGGGCAGAGACUACUUGAGAGCGUCGGAUUUGACAAGGUCGCACGAUCCGGCCAUGCUCUCUCCCCCUCCGGCAGGAAUCCUACCUGGGGACUCCUUGUCGCCUUUCGGCGCAUCGCGACAGCGGCCCCCGGCUUGGAAGAUCCCAUGCGCUCUGUAGUAGCACUGUGAAAUUCUGACGGGAGAAAGUCCUGUUCCGGAUAGGAACGAGGAGAAUCCUUGGGUCGGAACGAGGGACGGAAAUUCCUGGAAAGCGUCGCCAAUCUAGAGGCCGGACCCGAGCGAAAGGAUUUGGUAUCGAGUUCCCCGGAAUGAGUCCAGAAGCAGCAGCAUUAGUUUCAGCGUUAAGGGCUCAUCCGGCAAGUCGUGCGGCUUCAUGCCCAGCAGGCCGGAAUCCCGGGAGUCACCAUCAGCAUCAGCAUCAGCUGCAUCGGAUCGUAUAUCCUGCAUCUUCGCUCGCAGUUGGAGAAUCGCCUUGACCAUAGCCAGACCUGCGACUGGAACCGCAGCAUUGCAAACCAUGCUCGGGGAUGCGAGAUCUAAGUCCGUCGACUGAAACCCAGGGCAUGAUGGAGAGUGGGGGUGGUGGAGGGUAGGAGUGAGUCAGAGCGAGGGCGCUUUCGCAUCACUCGGGGAUAAAGUUGGGGCUGCCCGCAGGAAAGUGGGGAGAGGAUUAGGCACGCCAUGGGCAUGAUGCGAGAUCCAGUCGCGGAAUUGAAGACAGUGCCGCUAACAGGGUAUUUUUAGGGGGCCAGUCUCCGCUCGCCCCUGGUCCAGAAGCGCACCCACAUGGCGCUGGAGUGUGAGCCAUGUGGUAGAUUCAUCGAAAUCAUCUUGCCUCUAGGCUCCUACAAAGCCUCAUUCACUUUCGGAGGCGAACGUGCGCUUUUAUGUUCAUGGAUCUCAUGAUUCUCUCGCACCUCACCACCUCAAGCCCAAACCCUCAAACCUCGGCCUAAUAACAGUCCUCUCCUCUCGCCUCUGUCCAAUUCGCAGCAUGUCACGACUCCUGUACAUCAUCUUCUCCGGGUCCCGUCCGGACUCUUCACCACCACCUCGGAAUUCCUCCUCCCCAUCCCCCUCGCUCCGAGUCCUGACUCGCGCUAUGGUAGGCUUGAUAGUUAGAGGAGGUGUAAGCAGGACGGGGCGAGGUAAGAUUAACACUGGAUCGUACUUGAAUAAUAUCCGACGCACACUCACUCUCUGACUCACUGUGAAUGAUGACGAACAUGGAAAUAGAAAUCCGAUGUACUAUGGGAAUUGAAUCCUCUUCUAGCUACCGUACUCUGCGAUCGUACGAAAAGCAACAAACGAACGCAGAUCUGUAUAUUGUCCGGUUCGAUUUCAAAACUCAAUCCCCAUUCCCCAUUCCCCCAAGUGGAAAACGCGCGAGGCAGCUGCGGCUGCUUCUUUGUGAAGCAGUCAGAGUAACUCCUCCGGUCCAUGAUUCUCUCUCUCUUGCUCCCUGCUUCGACUCUCGAGUUUGCGGGAACUGACAUGACUCGCACCUG